AUGAAGAGCUCCAUGCUAUGGUUCAAGAGUUUAUGCCAAUUGGCUCCCAUGAUGAUUCAGAAAUGCAUGCCCCCACCCCCGCCCCCACCCACCGUGCUCGGUUUGGCCGUCCGCCCCAGGUUGAGGUUUGUUGGAGUUCCACGCAGUGAUUGCCCCAGUUCAUUCAUGUCUGUGCGCAUGCCAGGCGAUUGUCAGUCAGUCAAUGGCACCAGGCUUGCUGUUGAGGCUGUGCUGAGCAAGCGAUUCCCACCAUCACGCCCCCUGAUUGCAGGCAAGGAGUACCUCACAGAAGGCAUGUCCCUGGAGGACGUGAUCCUCCUGCGGCACCAUUCUGACCGGGAUGAGGAAUGUAACUGUGACCCGGAUGUAGAGGAACUUCUUCGGCAUUCACACAACCAGGUGGCGAUGCCAGAGAGUGAUUCAUCCUUGCAUGGCUACAUCAAGAUGGGGCUGCGGAAGCGCAAGUUCCCUGACCGCCAGCUGAAGCGCAAGUUCCCUGACCGCCUUGCUGCCGGUAGCACCUCUAGCAAGAAGCAGCACUUGAGCAGCGUGCAAAAAGAGCACUGCCACCAGCUGCCACCACUGCACCAUUCGCUUCCCUGCAAGCCUGCGCCCUUUAAGUUGGCAGUUUGUAACAGCAUCCCUAUCAAGCCUGUGUUUUCAACCACAUCGCAGGCAGCAGCUGUGGACUCCCCCACGCAACUCUCCUCCUUAGACCCAUGCAAAGUCUCAGCCUCUGUGCGCCCAAAGGCUGAGGGCAAGGCAAGCAGGAAUGCCAGGCAGCGCAAACUCCAUGCCCAGGAUCCCUCCAGGAAGGCAGAGGAGUUGAAGUCAAAUGGAAGUGUUGACGCCCUCCGCUUUGGGGUGUCCACCAGUGGUUGGCAAGGCACCAACUUUGCUGCCACCAAGGAGGGUAAGAUGCUCAGAGAGGAGUGGUAUGACUACUUCAUCCUGUUCCGUUUGUGCAAAUUUGAAAGGGUUGCUUACCAUGGUGUUAAAACCCGUGUGAGGGAUUGCCAGGGCCAGCUAUGGCUUGUGCACACCUUUGUUGGGCCUCGCAUUGAGGAGCUUCUUCCACUGUUUGAAGACGAGGCUGCAGCUUUUAGGGUGAGAUGGAAAGCAAUACCAGGGGGCGCCAUUGGUUUUCUAUCUGUGGCCAUGACCGAAAUUCCAAAAAAUUCAAUUAUGAAUGCGGUAUUCAAAGCAGAAUUCCCCCUUCUUGCCAAAAGACCUGGGGUGAAACGAGUUCACUGCAGCCCUCACAUAGAUUGGAAAAACAUUGCUAUUGGCGUCUGUGUCAUAUUUGUAUACGGAAAGUUCAAUAGCAAAGAGCGGUCUUGGCUUGUCAUCUGGGAGGCAGACCUGGUGAUUGAAAUGCCUGCUGGCGUCUUUGUGAUGUAUCCAUCCUCCCUGUUCUUCCACUUUAAUGUGGAUAUGUGUGUUAUCGAUAUCGGCGACCACGAGAUUGCCGAAGGAAAUGCACUGCAGCAGGAUGUCCUAGCCGGAGUUUCAAACCAAACCCAGCCUGAUACGAACCAUUCAGCUCUUCUUCCCUGAAAUCGAUCUUAUGUAUGGUGGUAUACAGGAUUGGAGACGGGGUGUGUGAGGAUGACAACGUUUCAAUUGUGAUUUCAUAAGGAAGAUUUACCGAUUCAAUAAUCAGAUUUCAUGCCGGUAAGUAGAUCGCUUUCUAGCAGUCUCGAUUACUAGGAUAGAUACAGAUUGUGAAUCUCUGGAUAUAGUGGGGUAGUAGUAGCAUACAAAAGAGGGUUAUAUCGACUGCCAGCGUCGUACUCGUCAGCGUUGUCGCACCGACUUAAACAAGAAAAUAAUAGUACUAUAGUAUGUCAUUCAC